UUAUUCAGUUCUACCUACAUAAAUAUGAUUCAAAAUCAGGAAAAAUGUCUUAUUUCAGUGGGAACAUCUGAAGUUGUUUCAAUACUUCUCCGCCUACAGUGCUAUAAUGAAAUCCUACUUGAUUUUAUCUGUACUGUGUUUUGUGAGUGCAUCGGCGUUAACGUUAACCCAGGAAUUCGAAUCGGCCAGAAGGGCCAACCAUGAAGCAUGUUCGAAAAUCAGCCAUGUGAACCAAGAAACCAUCAAGAAAAUGGAGUCUGGUGUCUUCGAUGAUACCAAUCCCGACAUAAGAAAGCAUAUCUUUUGCUACACCCAGAAAGUGGGAUUCAUAAACGACAAAGCCGAAUUACAAAAAGAUGUCAUCAGGAGGAAAAUGUCUCAACAAGUGAAAAACCUGGAUCUCGUUGACAAGGUCAUUCAAAUGUGUACUUUUCCCUUAGAGGGGGAUAAAAACUUGUGGGCUUGUAAAACACUUGCCUGCUACUAUAAGAGUGCACCAGGUGUGAUUAUUCUGUGAUAUCAGUUUUCGCAUAUUUGUAGUUAUUUUUAUGAAAAUUAUAACAAUAAUAAAAAUAUCUUGAUCUGUUUA